AUUUGUUUUAAGUAAUGAGGUACGACUGUAUAAAAAGUGGAAUAUGACAUCAGUUCAUCAGAUGGAGCACACACUUUGAAUAAAGAUGCGCUCUAUACGAAUUUUCUUACUUUUCGUGGCGUCAGUUCUAGCAACGGACAAUAAAAAUUAUAAUGGGCAGCCAGUGGAUUACUUUGAUGAUGACUUUCAGUCGAAUUUAAAAGUUGGUCCCGAUUCAACGUUCUCUUUCAAUUUUGAGCAAAUAAGGCAUGACCAACCCCCUCAAGUAGAAAUGAGAGAAGAAAAUGUUGGCAGGUAUUUCCACACCAGACCACAAACUACGACGACUGCUUCAAUAUUCUCGAUGAAAGCCGAAAAGGAAUCACAGCACGUAUACCCAACAAUGACGUUGGCCAACAACUACCAUCAUCAACAAGAUCAUCUGAAUGAGCCGCAUGUAGCAUCGGUGCCACUGAAAUUUGCCUUUUCAAGACCACAGAUCAAUCAACAAAACCUUGAGAAGAGUUCAAUACUGACCUGGAAUAAUCCUACAGUUCAACGGAAUGCUCAUCCAGGAAAUUCCCUUAAUAACUUUACUCCUCAAGUACCAAGUGCUCCAACACCUGCAUCACACACCGCACAGUGGACAGAACUACCAAAAAGUCAAAGCACUCCAUCUCCUUAUGUCGCACCUAGUCAUUCAAUAGACAUCGAAGGUAUUCAGUUCGCGCCAUCUGCCUCUUACGUCUCGGAUUCAAUUACCAAUAAUGUUCCUCGCCAGCCGCCCUCUCUUGCUAAUAGGGGAAAACAUAAGUUCAGCUGGGAUGAUAUCAAGAAGGAAAAACCAAUCGUGAACCCCCAAUACCCUGAGACGUCUAGCACACCACAAUCCAUUCAUAACAAAUCGCCGCCACCGGUGCCUACUUUGUCACCUUGGUACGACAAUUUUGGCAAAUAAAGAC